CGAGGUCGCGGGGGUGGGUGGCGGGCCCGGCUUCGUGGGGAACUGUGAGCAUGGCCGCCUCCCUUCCUCCAGGGAGUUAGAGUCUGUGGCUUUGCUCCCUGGACCCGGUGGGGAGCAAAUGGGACCCGGUGGUCCCCUCGCCCAGACCCCUGGCCCCCGUCCCUGGCCCGGGCGGCUAGGCAGCUUCCCCAGCCUUCCCCCCAAGCCCUCCUGUUGGCUUUUCAGUCCAGCCCCCCGGCACAGACGAUACUUUGGGGGUCAGUCCCUACCCCUCUUCUACUCCUCCCCUACCCCUCCCAAGCCAUCCGGCUACUCAGAACCCAGACCUAUGCCCUAGGACGCGCGUAUUCUCGACUCCGCGAUCGGCUUUUCUCCGCCACUCCCAACCCAGCCUACUGGGCUCCGGUCUCCUGACACCUCUGAUUGCAGCCUGUGCCUCCUUUCUUCUCCCCCGCCCAUCUCCUCCGGACCCUCUGACCCCUUUGGCCCCCUCUAUCUGACCCGUCAUGCAGCUAUCUAGUACAGUUCUCUGUUCUUAAACACCUUGUUCCUAGUCUUUCUAAGCUCUUCUCUCCGCAUCAUCCCCCACCCCCUACCCCUCGACUUGACCCUAAAGAGCGGGGACUUCGGCCCUUCGGACCACUUUCCACCUUGGCGCCUUCACUCUAAACCGAGUCCCUUUGACCUUCAGCAUCUGUGAUCACCAGCCCUGUCUUCUUGGCUCUCACUUCUUAGCCCUGGCCGCUUCUCCACUGCCCCAGUCCUUUUACCUUCGGUUCUCCCUGUAGGUCUGAGCCUCGUAGGAAGGCAAGCCCUAUGGUCCCUUCUCUCCCCAAAUCUUUUGAAAUGCGCGUCUCUACCUUACCUGCCGCUGUAUACUCAGUGGGUAGAUAGGGGGCUCCUCAGCUCUGCAAGUUCCAGUUUUGCUCACCCGUCUUGCAAGUCCUAACUCAGAUAACCGCCUUUUCCAUGCAGCUGCUCAUCCCCGAUUUCUUCAGGGAGACACGCCAGUGUCUUCUUUCUAACUACCUUGGCACUGUUCUUUUUCCUUCCCUUUCCACCCCAUCUCCCUUCCCCUCUCCCUCCCUGUCUUCCUCCCUGCUUCUCUCCAUUACUAGUGGCAUGUCUUAAAGCACUGGCUUUGGAGCGAUGGGCAUAGGUCCCUGUUCAGCCACGCACUUGCUGUGUGCCCUGGGGCAAGUUACAAUUUCUCUGAGCCUCCAUUUCCUCAUCUCUAAAACAGAUUGUGAAAAUGAAAUGACAUGAUUUGCAUAUUGCGUUCAGUCCAGGGCCUAGCACUUAGUAUGAGCUUCCAGAAUGUUUAUCAUUAUUGGUUCCCAUAUAAUGCCAGGUGCUGUGUGAAGCAUUGAGGAGUCAGUACAAAGGUGACCAAGGCACAGUUCCUGACCCCCCCAGAACUGAACCUUCUACACUGUAUGCCAGUUUCUGGAGGUCAUGGCCUAUUUCCCUGCACUGUGCCAUAAACUGAGGGUAGUAUCAUAAUCCUAAAUCUUGUUGCUCUUAUAUUGAUCCAGCAUUCAGUCCUGAGUAGAGUCAAAGCCUGGUACAUUACAGGUUCUUAGAAUAGCAGGAUUGGAUGUGAGUGGGGGCCAGAUAGCCCCCCCCUGUGGUACCGGAGCCCCAGGUAGGGUGGGCAGGACUGGGGACUGAAUUCAGAUCGUAUCCAUUGAUUCAUACAUCAGAAGACAUUAAGCAGUGCCUCGUGCUGGGGAGAGAUUGCCAAAACGACCCAGUCUCUGUCCUUAAAUUGCUUAUAAACUGCUAGUGGAAACAGAUUAUGUUAAAAGAUCAUUGCAAAUCAGUGUAAAAGCAAGUACGUAUGAGAUUCUGCAGGUGCAUAAAGGUGGAAGAGUGGGCAGAUUCCUGAGAACAGUGGGUGAGACAGACACAGGGUUCAGAAAUGGGCAGUGAGAAGGAGCAGCAUCCAGAACAGCACCUGCCUGACGAAGGGGAUUGGGGUGAGCCCUGGAGAGUGGAUGACUCAGAGGGUUUUCAGAUCCCAGAUGGGGAGAAAGAGCGCAGGGAGGAGAGCCCGUCAGAGUGUCCACCAGAGGUCCAUCCCAAAAAGCCAUGGCAGAAAGUCACUGUCGCCACCGGAGAGCCCGGGGGCCCCACGGCUCACCCGAGGCCCGAGACCGACGAGAAGCCCUUCACAUGCGCCCAGUGUGGGAAAACCUUCAAUAAUACCUCCAACCUGAGAACGCACCAGCGCAUCCACACGGGUGAGAAGCCUUACAAGUGCUCCGAAUGCGGCAAGAGCUUCUCGAGGAGCUCCAACCGCAUCCGCCAUGAGCGGAUCCACCUGGAAGAGAAGCACUACAAAUGUCCCAAGUGUCAGGAGAGCUUCCGGCGGCGCUCGGACCUCACCACGCACCAGCAAGACCACCUGGGCAAGCGGCCGUACCGCUGCGACAUCUGUGGCAAGAGCUUCAGCCAGAGCGCCACGCUGGCCGUGCACCACCGGACCCACCUGGAGCCCGCGCCCUACAUCUGCUGCGAGUGUGGCAAGAGCUUCAGCAACAGCUCCAGCUUCGGCGUGCACCACCGCACGCACACCGGUGAGCGGCCCUACGAGUGCACUGAGUGCGGGCGGACCUUCAGUGACAUCUCCAACUUUGGGGCCCACCAGAGGACCCACAGAGGGGAGAAACCCUACUGGUGCACACUGUGUGGGAAACACUUCUCCCGGAGCUCGAACCUCAUCCGCCACCAGAAAACGCACACAGGCGAGCCGGCCGCCAGAGACGCCAGCUGAAGGGAGAAGAGGGAGAGAGGCGGAGAGACGCCAGCCUAGUGUAGGAAGAUCUCCAGGAUCUGCGGCUGCCCCCUCGACCUCAAGCCCCUCAUCCCACUUUGGAGAAUGGUUUCCUGUUGCCUCUGAAGCCAGGAUCUGCGGGAGGUCCUGAGAAGGGACUCUUGAGUAAGAAGAAGCGUUGCCGCUUUCCAGGCUAGUUUCUUGCCUUGGAAAGUUUGGAAGAUCCGGUCUUGGCUUCAUCUCCUUGGGAUGAAAGAGAAGUAGGGUAGGGUAGGCUUAGCACAGGCUCGUGUCAUUAGGGCAACCAUCCCCUGGCCUUUGAGGACGUACCUGUGAGGUGGGCAUCACCGCCUGAAGGUCCUCCAGAUCGUAUAGGAACCACACAGGGCCUGUUAUGGUGGCUGUCAGUGCCCGUCUGCUGUGUCUCGCCUGCGCUGGGAGGAGCAGCCUUCCCGAUGGAAGGGGCCUCCUCAGCCUGGACAAGAGGUCUGGUCCUGCCUUAGGAAUGAAAAGGAAGCCCUCAGGGAGCCAUGAUCCAGGGACCUUCCCAGUCCCCCAUGUCUGUGACUCGUUCCCCCACCCUAAUCCACGUCUGUUCCCAGAGUGAUUAGUAGUAAAACCCUUCAAUGAAAAGGACCUGUGUACUUAUUUGGGGCAUCAAGGAAGUGGGAGCUGGGGAGCUGGGGGAGCUGGUCGUGCUGCAGCCUCUCUGGAAGGGGGCUGGGUGCCCAGACAAUGGGUGGCUGCUCUGAAAAGCAGAGGAAAGCAGGUGGAGUCUGUGGGGCUUCUGAGGAGGAAGGCAGGAGGGAAGGAAGUAACACUGAGCAGACACAUCUGCUGUGGCAUCUGCAGGUCACAUUGACGUCUUUGUCUCUGUGUCCUGGCAUGGCAGCCCUCAAAGGAAUCACACAGCGGGGGUUUGGUGGAGCCGGAGUUCACACUUGGGCCUCCCUUGAUUCUGAGCUGAUGCUCUCUCUCCACUGCUUGUGCCUAGUGGCUUUGGAAGGAGGAGCCCCUUAGGGGCUGCCUCGGGCCCAAGUGAGUCCCUGGAAGUGGGGGCUAGGAUGGCCUCUUGAUGUGGCCCUGGACCGUUUACUCUGUGGGAAGUCAGUGCCAAGUCAGAGAACCUUAUCUCCUUCAGAUUCUUGAUUGGCACUUUCCUGUGCUUAGGAAAAAGGAUAGUGUCCGGGAGUAAGGGGUGAGGGCUGAGAUAAACCCGUCAUGGGAGUCCUUGCCUUUAGUGGCAACAGUUUAGUUCCCAAGGCUGGGACAGCUUGGCGGUGGUCCUCCCAGCUUCCUGCCCUCCUGGUUUAGGCCUGGCUUCACGUGGCGGAUUUCGGUGUUCUCUGCAUGGCGGUUUAAUGUUCACCCAGACUUCCUCCAACAAACACAGAAGACCAUCUCUUGCCGACCUGGUCCUGCUCUUCCAGAGGGAGGGGUCUUCUUCCUUGUAAUUAAUUGCCAGAAUAUGAUUCGGAUACCACCCAUAGCCUGACCUAUCACAUGGGAUCCUGCCACCCACCCAGGAAGGGAUGUGCUAGGAGAUUUAUACUCAUCAUGUUGAAUUCUCACGUAACCCCAGGAAGUAAGAAUCACCCACAUAUGACAGGUGGAGAAGUAGGCUGACAGAAAGUGACUCACCCGAGAUUACUUGGCAAGUAAAUGGCAGGGUCAGGAAUGGAACCUAUUUCUGCCUAAAUCCAGAGCCUGCAUUCCAGCUCUAAAAGACUUCCCAAACAAUUCCCUGACAUAGGUAGGACACUACAGUUUACAAAGCACUU